AUGUCUUUAGCACCCGUCCUUCUCCGGAACACCAUUGGCACGAGUCUACAUACCCGAAUUGCGUCGACUACGCAGCCUCUGCGCUUCCUGCCUCAUUUCCUAUCAUUGCAUCGGUUUGGUGCACUACGCCACUCGAGCGACAGUCCGAGUCACGCCGCACCUCGCCGAACUCCAAGAUCCAUCAGUACACAGCGGAACUACAAACCUCACCGCUCGGGGCGCAGCUGUACCUGUGGACGGCAACUCUCCAGCGAGUGGUACAUAGACCGGGAGAGCGACGGGCAACCGAUAUGUUCUUCGUGUUAUGCCCAUCUCAGGGCUCAGAAGCGCAACCUCAGUGAUGCGACCUCCUGCGCAGAUUGCGGGGCCACGUCCAGUCUCCGCUGGUACACCCAUCCAGUCGCGGGAAAAGCAUCCAGAUGCGAUAGAUGCUAUCGACGCACCAAAAUCUCCGGAGCCGUGACGGCUCAUACAGAUGCAAUAAAUGCUACCAACGGCACUCCGCGAAGCAAGCCGUGUUCCCGGGCAGGAGCUGCGCCGAUUGUGGAACACAGAGGUCCAGGUGGAGGUGGUACAGGCAUCCCUCCAUCGAGGGCGCAUACUGCUGCCACAGUUGCGGGCAACGACGUUAGAAGUAGAGUCGGGCAAGGGCGGCCGCCAAACGUGGAGAGGACAAGGAAUGAAGCAACACCCUCAACGUUAGAGCGCACGAGCUUCGUAGUUAUUCACGGCGGUGUAAUACCCAUAGGACGAAGACGCUGUCCGAGACUCCCAUCAAACUUGACCACAGUGCUCGCAGAUUCCUUGUGCUCUGACUCUUGA